CACUGCGCAGCGUGUUUGCUUCCGGGGGACAUGGCAGGCAGGUUGCUGAUUCACAUGGAGGAGGGAAACAGCGCUCUGUAUUUAUAAAAUAUAAACAUGUCAGUGUUAUAAACUGUGGAAACUCAGCGACAGUAUUUUCUGGCAGGUUACCAUGAUCCCUACAGACUUUAAAGCCCUGAUCCAGAGGUUUUAUCACCUGCAGUCUGAGCGGGUAGAGACGUAUCGGCUGUUUGAAGAAGGACACGAGGCCUACUUGAGGACAGGGCCCCAUUAUGACUUCGACCACUACAGGCAGCUGGUCCAUGAGGUAACACAGGCCUUCUGUGGCAUCUCCAAUGAAGUGCUGGAGAUCAAGGGGAGGCUGCACCACGAGUUUGACAGGCCAGACCUUUCUGAGCACAUUGAGAACCUGCAGAGCAAAGAGAAGCAGAAACUUGAACUGACAGCCAAGCUGCAGCUGGUCAGGCAGCGGGCCCAGGAUCACCCGGAGGAAGAGGACUGUCAAGAAAAGAUUCAGGAGAUCAAGCACGAGAUCAUCAAGAACCAAGAGGCUCUGAGUGAGAUCAUGCAGGACUUUAAGUAUGACUCUGAGGAGUGUGAUUGACAGGUGACUCCCAGGAGGCCUGCAGCCGCCCUCUCACAUCACCAGACAGCAGAGCUGACAGAUCGACUCGGCUCUGCUGCAACUUCCAUCUUGGACUCCUCAGCUGCACUUAUUGAUCCCACUCUGGCCCCACCCUGCUCGCUGCUGCAGUCUUAUUCCACCCAGGGGAGUUAUCACAUUCUGGCUCUGUGUGUUUACAUCUGUAGUCGUGUGUUUGUGUCACUGCAUUUCUCAGCAAAAAAAACAAGAAACAAAAAUUGUUUUGAUGAAAUGUGUAAAUACUAAAAAGGUUAAAUAAUUCUUGGAGGCUCAUCCAGCUGUCUUUGUUGACUUGAUGAACGGCAUUUUUAAACAAGACACUUUCAAGACAAGUUUGACUUUUUACUCUUCUAUAUGUUAUACAUUUUUUAGCGGCAUUACUGGUGCAGUAAAAGAGUAGAACUUAAGUCAAAAAACAUUUUUUAAAUAUGCAGUUAUAAAAAUAUAAACAAAUGGUCUACUCAGACACAGGAUAGUAUAUACAUUGUACAGAUAGUGAGGCAUUAUCUCAUGGGUAUUCAAUUACUGAUACAAUUUUAAUGAAUGGUAUGUCAUACAACAUUUUAGAUGCUUCUACAAAUAUAGUUUUCACUGAACUAGCAGAGAAUAAAAUGUUAUGUUGGUCAAUAGAAAAUUAUUCACCAACUAUUUU